UGGGGGCAGGGCAUCUCCGUUGCAGCAUCCUCGCCUCCUUGUUCCUACACCUCCAAGAAAUUUUGCAGCUGUGCAGUGCUGUGUAAGACGUCAUGCGCAUCGCAGCUCUGCCUGACUCGCUCGGCAGCUGAUGGCAAGUCCCUUGACCCAGCUCUGUCAGUGCAGAUGAGAGAAAAGAGCUGCAAACCUCACAGGGUUUCCCAGGCUUUUCAUGAGCAGCCCAGCCGUGCGGCGGAUGCACAUGACCACGCUGACCUAUAUGCCCCCCCUGCCCAUAAGGGUUUAUCUGCCAGGCUUGUUCCCCAGUAUUACUUAGAGCUGACAAAGCAGCCCUAAGGACAAGCCGAGCCAAGAGCUGCAGCAGGGGGGUGCCUCUUGGUUUUUUUGCCUUUUCUUUUGCCAGCCACUGUCCCAACAACAGCAACAGCGACUGGGAGCUGAAGAGAAAGUCACUUCUUCACUUUUUAAGGCCAGCUGGGCUGGUUUUAAGCCGCAGCUUGUGGCACUUGUGUACAGCCCACAUGGAGAGGAAGCUAAAACCAUGGACAGGAAUGUCCCCUAUCUGAACAGUGCUGUGCUCCUGAGGCAAUGGCUCUGAAGCUGAAGUUUCCAAGCAAGUUUGCAGAUCCUGUAAUACAGCCUUUAGUAGAAUUUGCAUGGCAUGAAUAUUUACAGGAGAAAAAAAAGGAACUGAGAUGUGAGGUGUGGGCGUAUGCAUCCUCGGUGAUGUGCUUCGUUGGUGGCCAGCUGCUGGGGGACGAGAAGGAGCUGCUCAAGUGGUCUUACCAUCAGUGGGACUAUCGCGACUUUAAGCCCGAGGCACUUUACCAAGCGAUUGCUGAGGAUUUCUACACCAAAUAUCUGAAAAACAGCCAGCACGUGUUUGUGUACCUGGACAUAGCCAUUGAGGAACAGCCCAUCGGGAGGCUGCUCUUUGAGCUCUUUUCAGAUGCGUGUCCCAGGACCUGUGAGAAUUUCCGUGCCCUGUGUGCUGGAGGAGCAAAGUCUCCCUGCGAUGGCCGAGAGCUCACCUAUAAAAACUCCCUUUUUCAUCGCCUCGUGGAAAACGGGUGGAUCCAAGGAGGAGACAUCAUAACUGGAAAGGGAGAUGGAGGAGAGUCAAUUUAUGGUCCCACCUUUGAAGGGAGCAACUAUGAAAGCUUCUCCGUCCGUCACAAGGGACGAGGGGUCCUUGGGAUGGCCAACAAGGGCCGCCACAGCAACAGCUCGCAGUUCUACAUCACCCUCCAGCCAGCUCCCUACCUGGACAAAAAAUACGUGGCUUUUGGGCAGCUGAUCGAGGGCACGGAGGUCCUACAGAGGCUGGAAGCUGUACCUACAUGUAAUGAAAGGCCUACGGUAGCCUGCAAGAUUAUUCACUGUGGGACCUUCGAGCCGUGAC